AUGGUGAACACGAUGCUGGUUUGCCAGACCAUUAUCCGAUGGCUACUGCGCCUCUUCGCCGCGACGCGACCCGAACCGGUCGAGGUCGAACCGGGAACGGUCAUCAACAUCUGGUCCCCAUCAUCCGGUCCAACCAACGAAAACAAGAAACCGGCGCUGGUCUUCCUCCACGGGUUCGGGUUCGACGGGAUCCUGACGUGGGCUCUCCAAAUCCCGGCCUUCGCCAAACACUACUCCGUCUACGUCCCGGACCUGCUGUUCUUCGGCGGCUCAGUCACCGACCGGCCGGAGCGGACGCCGGCGUUCCAGGCGGAGUGCGUGGGGAAGGCGCUGAGGAAGCUCGGGGUGGAGCGGUGUACGGUGGUCGGGUUCAGCUACGGCGGGGCGGUCGGGUUCGAGAUGGGCAGGUUGUUUCCCGGGAUGGUCGAGUCGCUGGUUCUUACCGGGUCGGUUAUGGAGUUUACCGAGUCGAUUCGUAGGGAUGGGUUGGGCCGGAUCGGGUACGAGACGUGGGCGGAGUUUAUGUUGCCGGAGACUGUGGAAGGUGUGAGGAGCUUGUUGGGGAAUAUUAUUUACGAUCUGCCGUGGUUGCCUAAUCGCUUGCUCAAGGAUGCUUUGGAGGUUUUGUUCGAGCACAGGAAGGAGAGGGCUCAACUUCUGGACGCACUCUUCGUCGGCGACAACGACGUCGCUAAAACGGCCAGCUACUGUUCUCAGGAGAUUAAUUUCAUAUGGGGAGAAGAAGACAGACUGAUAGACAUUCAGGAGGGAUAUGACCGAAUCAAGCUGCUGUAUGGGAAAGCAACCUUGAAGUCGAUAAAGAAAGCAGGGCAUCUGGUUCAAGUUGAGAGACCAUAUAUUUACAAUAGGAUACUGAAAGACUUGCUCCUUUCUUUGCAUCGAGGAGGCUAA